UGCUGUUCAGUUUGAAAUUUCGUAUUACUUGCCUGUUUAUAAUAACAUUGUUUGUGUGUUUUCUGUGAUAUUCAUUGUAGACAUGCUUGUACAUAAUUAUUACAAUUGAUUUAAGAUUGUAAAAUCCUGUUUGUUGAAAGGGAAUUAUCAAAAUGGCGACAUCUGCAAUUUCAAGACAUUCACACAAAAAUGAAAAAUUAACAAUAUUGUGCAAUAGCCAUAGUGAGUUGUGCUGCUCCAGAUCUGUUGAGCUUAAUCACAGCCAGUGCAGUAAAGUGACUCCAAUUAAUGAGCUGACUGACAUGCAGCCCACAGACCUACAGGGACUGUCAGUGGAGCUGGAAACUGUUCUGGGAGAAAUCAAAAGCCUUCAGAUCAGUCAGGAGCUCAGUGUUCAGGCAUUGCUAAGAACAUAUAAGGAACAUGGGGCAGUCAUGAUAGAACAAAUGCGUGGCAAUUUAAAUGUUAAUAUAGAUGAUAAAGAAGAGUGUGGUAAUAGUUAUGUGAGUACAUCGGGCGGACAUGAGCAAUAUUUAAAAGAAGAGAUGUGUAGGAGUGUUCUUUUUAUCUUGAAUAAAUUUGAUAAUAUUACUGUGAAGGAACUAAACAAGAUGAGAGAUGAAGUUAUAAGCAUAAAAGGGUCAAUUACAAGUUCUAUUAUUAAAUGCACCAGUCUUCACAAUGACUUGUCACAUUUCCAUGAAUUUGUUCAGAAAAUUGGAGAUAAUAAGGAGCUCUGCCUUAUAGCCAGCAUAAAAUGUAAGCAUAUAAUACAGCAGGCAUUAACUCUGCUAGGAAAGUCAGGCGAGGUGUUUAAUGUCCAGAGUAUUACUAAGCAUAAUGUGAGAAUACCAAGUGAUAAAGAUGUAUGUUAUAUCAGAGGCAUAUGUGUUCUUCCCGAUGGGCAGGUACUGGUUGUAGACUGGAAUAAUCAGAAUGUCAAGCUGCUGAACCAGCAGUACCAGGUGGUGAGUCACUGGGAUGUGAAUGCUGGGCCAGUUGACAUUUGUUUGAUCACACCCAGUGAGGUUGCAGUGGCUGUGAAUACUAGUAACAUACAUGAGGUCCAGUUUAUCACUGGCAACCAGGGAAAGCUUGUUUCUGGCAGGAAGUUUCAGUUUCAACAUGAAUGUAGAUGUAUAACCCAUCACCAAGGAGACCUUUUUGUCACCUCUCGUCAAGAACUGUACAAAUACUCACUGAAUGGCAAACUGAUCUGCAGACUCUACCAAGAUAGAUCAGCUAAUUAUACAGUAGAGAAGUGUGCUGUGAGUCCCACAGGAGACAGGCUGUACAUCAUCAGCGACAGCAAGCCCAAGCUUCUCACCCUGGCCAGGGAUGGCACACUCCUGGCUACAUACUCAGUCCCAGCACUACUGCGCCCACUUGGUCUACAUGUGACCCCUGCAGGCCAGGUGCUGGUCUGUGGAUGGGGGUCCAACACUGUACUACAGGUGGGCUGGGAGGGAGAGAGUAAGCUGGCUACGCUGGCUACUCAUGAGGAUGGAGUGAGGCUACCAUGGUCAGUCUGCUACAGCAGCACCACAUCAUCAAUCAUUGUGGGACAGAAGUGGGACGACACCAUCCUGGUGUUCAGAGUGGAAUAGUGUGUACAUUCGCUGCUGAGUCAGGACAAGGAUGCUGAGGAUGUGGUGGACAAGGAUGACCUGACUACGCAGAAGGACAGCACCACCAUUGAUAUCGAGUUGGCCCAGCAACAGCACCAGUCCGGCCUGCAGGAGCCCCAGUCCAGGACGACCCAUCCACUCCCCUGACCCAUAACUCAUCAUACUUGAUAUCCGGAAAAAUGGGGCCUUAUGCAUGUGCUUAAAUUGUUGUCACAGAUAAGCCUAUGCAGUUUGCACAGGCUAAUAAUGGACAACAUUUUCCUCUUAAAGCAGAGCACCAGCAUUGAUAUCGAGUUGGCCCAGCAACCACACCAGUCCCGCCUGCAGAAGCCCCAGUCCAGAAUGAGCCUCCCCCUCCAUUGACUUCUAACUCCUCCCCCUUGACCUCCUGCCUCAAAAAGUCAGCAUCGUUGAACAACUCUGUUCUGCAGAAAAUUCUGAGUAUGAUUCUGUUCUGACAAAACGCAAUGCCCACUUUACGUUUUCCAAACAAAAGCCUGGGUAGUUUUGUUAAGCUAGAGUUCCGCGUGGGCCUGAAAGGGACAAGUGUUACAGACACGAACAGUUAUAGCAGUAGUUAUGGUAACGCUAACAGUCAGUUGUUGCUGUUGGACAUCACAACAAAUAUCAUGAAGAAUAAAAAGUUCAAUCACUUGUUCCAAUCUUUAUGGGACAAACAGAAAUUGAACAGGAGAGAAUCAAGGAACAAUAAAAGCGUAAGCUUUCCUAGUGGUAUACGUCUGCUGUUGAUAGUUUGGACAACAGAAGGGUUACGGACUGCCCCAGAUUGUCCUCUCAGCGGCCAAAAUAUCAUAAUGGAACAGACUUUUAGCAAUGUUACUGACAAAAAAAGGCAACAAUGACUUUAUUGUGAACACCCAGAGCGCGAUACAUCCAUUCUGACACAGAAAGGCGGUAAUAACUUGGUUGUGAACACCCAGAGCACAAUACAUCCAUGCUGACACAGAAAGGAAGUAAGGACUUGGUUGUGAACAUCCAGAGCACAAUACAUCCAUGCUGACACAGAAAAUAAGUAAUGACUUGGUUUUGAACACCCAGAGCAAGAUAUAUCCAUGCUGACACAGAAAGGCAGUAAUGACUAUGCUGUGAACACCCAGAGCACAAUACAUCCAUGCUGACACAGAAAGGCAGUAAUGACUUGGUUGGGAACACCCAGAGCACAAUACAUCCAUGCUGACACAGAAAGGCAGUAAUGACUUGGCUGUGAACACAGAACACAAUACACCCAUGCUGACACAGAAUGGCAGUAAUGACUUGGCUGUGAACAAAGAGCACAAUACAUCCAUGCUGAAACAGAAAGGCAGUCAUGACUAUGCUGUGAACACCCAGAGCACGAUAUAUCCAUGCUGACACAGAAAGGCAGUAAUGACUAUGUUGUGAACACCCAGAGCAAGAUAUAUCCAUGCUGACACAGAAAGGCAGUAAUGACUAUGCAGUGAACACCCAGAGCAAGAUAUAUCCAUGCUGACACAGAAAGGCAAUAAUGACUAUGCUGUGAACACCCAAAACACAAUACAUCCAUGCUGACACAGAAAGGCAGUAAUGACUUGGUUGUGAACACCAGGAGCAAGAUAUAUCCAUGCUGACACAGAAAGGCAGUAAUGACUUGGCUGUAAACACAAAGCACAAUACACCCAUGCUGACACAGAAAGGCAGUAAUGACUUGGCUGUAAACACAGAGCACAAUACAUCCAUGCUGACACAGAAAGGCAGUAAUGACUUGGCUGUAAACACAGAGCACAAUACAUCCAUGCUGACACAGAAAGGCAGUUAUAACUUGGUUGUGAACACAGAGCACAAUACAUCCUUGUUGACACAGAAAGGCAGUAAUGACCUUGCUGUGAACUCAGAGCACGAUACAUCCAUGCUGACACAGAAAGGCAGUAAAGACUUGGAUGUAAACACCCAGAGCACAAUACAUCCAUGCUGACACAGAAAGACAGUUAUGACUUGGUUGUGAACACAGAGCACAAUACAUCCUUGUUGACACAGAAAGGCAGUAGUGACUUUGAUGUGAACUCAGAGCACGAUACAUCCAUGCUGACACAGAAAGGCAGUAAUGACUUGGAUGUAAACACCCAGAGCAUGAUACAUCCAUGCUGACACAGAAAGGCAGUUAUGACUUGGCUGUAAACACAGAGCACAAUACAUCCAUGCUGACACAGAAAGGCAGUAAAGACUUGGAUGUAAACACCAAGAGCACAAUACAUCCAUGCUGACACAGAAAGGCAGUAAUGACUUGUAUGUAAACACCCAGAGCACAAUACAUCCAUGCUGACACAGAAAGGCAGUAAUGACUUGGAUGUAAACACCCAGAGCACAAUACAUCCAUGCUGACACAGAAAGGCAGUAAUGACUUGGUUGUAAACACAGAGCACAAUACAUCCUUGUAUGACUCGGUUGUGAACACCCUGAGUACCCUACAUCCAUGCUGACACAAAAAGGCAGUAAAGACUUUGUUGUAAACACUAAGAGAUCCAUACAUCCAUGGGGUGUGCCACAGCCGCAAAUUACGCCCACUAUUGUGAACAAGGUUCUUAAAGUGAACACGUCUGGUUUUGUUAUGAGCACAUAGCACUCCAAGCCCAAAAGGCCUCGCAUUGAAUUGAUGCAAGAGAAGGCUUUGAAAAAUAACAGCAGUUUUGUUGUGUGGUCCAAUACGCCCUUCGACUCUCAACCUGAAGGAAGCAAAACUCGUCUCUUGGCAAUAUCAGCAAGGCCAGCAUGUCAUCUCAGCUUCUUGAGCUUCAGUGAACUUUACUAGCAAACAUGACAAACGUCAUUGAAGUGAAAGUCGAUGACAACCCCCUUCUUGCACAAACACUACAACUCGCUUAAGAAAUUCAGCACGAAGCUGUCUUGCGUCAGACUUAAGCCUCCCAUGUUGGUUACAUCAACACUUCCAACAGCAGAGCCUUGGUGAGUUCGACUUCCGUCUCAGCAUCGAUGUCGCUUAGCAACAAUUGGAUGAUGGGCGUCGACAAAUUAGGCCGGACAAGUCGCUCGAACUGAAACGAUCUGAUACAACAGGUAGAGCAGGCGUUGCGUGACACAUCCGUUAAUGUGACAGACCUCGAUAUGUUGUUUUAGAAUAAUGUGAACCUUAGGCCUGGAGAGCAGUAUGCGAUUGACGCCAUUCAACAAAAGUUAUUGUCGGAGUUCUUGGGUUUGGGGUGGCGACUUCGGCGUCGGGACUCACUCCAUCUCUGUCUAUGGCCCGGUCAAAGCAGCAGCAGCAAUAAGAACAACAAGUAGUAUCUAAGCAGUGUUCUGGAAUAUGGGGCUUCAUGUAUGUGCUUAAAUUGUCAUCCUAGACUAGCCUGUGCAGAUUGCACAUACAUUAAGUCCUAUUAAAGUGUCAUCCCAGAUUUGCCUGUGCAGACUGCACAAACAUUAAGUCCUAUUAAAUUGUCAAGCCAGAUUAGCCUGUGCAGACUGCACCUACAUUAAGUCCUAUAAAAUUGUCAUGCCAGAUUAGCUUGUGCAGACUGCACCUACAUUAAGUCCUAUUAAAUUGUCAUCCCAGAUUAGCCUGUGCAGACUGCACCUACCUUAAGUCCUAUUAAAUUGUCAUCCCAGAUUAGCCUGUGCAGACUGCACAUACAUAAAGUCCUAUUAAAGUGUCAUCCCAGAUUAGCCUGUGCAGACUGCACAUACAUUGAGUCCUAUUAAAGUGUCAUCCAAGAUUAGCUUGUGCAGACUGCACCUACAUUAAGUCCUAUUUAAUUGUCAUCCCAGAUUAGCCUGUGCAGACUGCACCUACAUUAAGUCCUAUUAAAUUGUCAUACAAGAUUAGCUUGUGCAGACUGCACCUACAUUAAGUCCUAUUAAAGUGUCAUCCCAAAUUAGCCUGUGCAGACUGCACAUACAUUAAGUCCUAUUAAAGUGUCAUCCCAGAUUAGCCUGUGCAGACUGCACAAACAUUAAGUCCUAUUAAAUUGUCAUCCCAGAUUAGCCUGUGCAGACUGCACCUACAUUAAGUCCUAUUAAAUUGUCAUCCAAGAUUAGCCUGUGCAGACUGCACCUACAUUUAGUCCUAUUAAAGUGUCAACCCAGAUUAGCCUGUGCAGAGUGCACAUACAUUAAGUCCUAUUAAAGUGUCAUUCCAGAUUAGCCUGUGCAGACUGCACAUACAUUAAGUCCUAUUAAAGUAUCAUCCCAGAUUAGCCUGUGCAGACUACACCUACAUUAAGUCCUAUUAAAGUGUCAUCCCAGAUUAGCCUGUGCAGACUGCACAUACAUUGAUUCCCAUUAAAGUGUCAUCCCAGAUUAGCCUGUGCAGACUGCAUAUACAUUAAGUCCUAUUAAAGUGUCAUCCCAGAUUAGCCUGUGCAGACUGCACAUACAUUAAGACCUAUUAAAGUAUCAUCCCAGAUUAGCCUGUGCAGACUGCACAAACAUUAAGCCCUAUGUUCCCAGAAUGAAGCUCAUAUAGUUCACUUAACUUCAGUCCUUUUAUGUGCCUGAUUAAGAAAAAGGUCCAAGCAUCAAAUGGUAAGUAGGUGUUUUUAAAAUUAAUCUACUUGAUAAAUAAAUAGCAAAUAGCAAUUGAUCAGGUUUAAUCAUAGAAGGUCAAGGCAUAGUUUUGUCUACGUUUCGGCUGAAAUUCAGCCCUUGCACCAAGCGUUUAUCCUUGCAUGUAAAAUCCGCUGUAAUAGACUUGUUAAAUUUUAUUUAUUUUCGCAAAACAAUUAUUUAAACGACUUCAGCACAUUAUACAAUUAUUCCCUUCAAUAUUUAUUUAAGUUCCUGAAUUGUAGCCAGUUCCUACAGGAUCCCAUGCAGUCAUAGAUCGGUACCCAGCUGAACAACAGGCUGUCUGGUAAGCUGGGCCCGGAUAGGUGCAGCCAGUCUAAAGCUGGGGCUCCAAACUGUCCUGCCAAGUGGGCUGAUUUUACCUCUUCUACAAGGGACAUAUGUCAGUGAUGCGCAAAGAGCUGGUUUUCUAUUCACAGAGAAAAAUCCUAACAACUCCAACUCAUUCACUACAUCUCAAUAGGACAUCUUAUCAAUGAACAUGACGCCCUUUCCGGAAUGAACAGUGGCACUGUGAUUAAUGUGACCCUUCAGAGAAAAGGGAUUCCAGGACCAAUAUCACCCCAGUAUCAAUCAGGGCUCCAACAAUAGUGGUUCCCCAGCCCAAGCCUUGUGAGCACUUGGGAAGGGGUCAAGAUGCACAUGGGGUCUUAACUCUGUUGUCCGGGGGCUUCUCCCAGCAGCAGUGGAACAACCUGGCAUCCCAGACAUUGCCAAAUCAGAGCUACUCGUUCAGGGAGCCCACAGUAUCCAAGCAACAAAGCCAUGUUCAGCGAGCCCACAGUAUCCAAGCAACAAAGCCAUCCGCACAGCAAUGACAAUAGCAUGAACAGCGCGCGGGUCAGCCAUCUCAAAUGUUUGGACAAUCUACUCACAGCAGUUUAUUGAAAUUUUUGCUCAAUCCAAUAUCUGAAACACAACCACUUUCCAGCUGAGAGGCCCAUGAUGGAGAUACCAAAAAAACACCAAGAUACCAAGCCGCGGCUUGCUACCUUGCCCCAUGUCCACCCCACCCAGAAGUCAGACCCCUCUGUCUUAAACCAUGCCACGUAACCACAGGGGCGUUAACUAGGACUUGAACCAAGACAGGGACUUUAACUGCGAGACAGUUUGGGAGGUCCUGAAACAAUACUUCUCGUUCAAAACUGCUCAGGAGGGACGGUACUCUCUGUCGGAUUAUCUGGGGGUGUCCUUGUCUUCAAUUCAGUCCCCGGUGUCCACUCUGGUCCCAUGCGAAUGUACUCGAAUCUCCAGUAGAGCUACCAAAACAAACAAAGCAACUACCCGCAGCAAACUUGCUAGUUUACCCAAAUCAUUUAGCACAGCAGGGAAAUGCAAAAGGCCAAACCAUGUCUUAACCAAAUGGCAGUAGCAUAAACUCUUAUGCGGGGCAGCCCGGUUUGCCGCAAAGUGAGCCCAAAAUGUUUGGCACCCAAGCAACAUCACGAGGUUACGUAAAAAAUUCGGAUUGUUCAAGAACAAACCCUGAACCCACCUUUCGGAGCAGGAAAUGUUAGCGAGGAACAAUUAUGGUGGAUAUCAAACCUGCCCAGACAAAAUAAACAACCUCAGACACACCAACAGUUUUCAACGCCGCAACCUUAAGCAGAAGAGAAGAAAUGCUGACUAGAACUUUGUUGAGGAUGGACAGUGAGGAAAGUGGAUAGAAUUUAGCUAUAAGACAAGUUAGGAAAAACACGGUGAAAGAAAUCAUGUCAUACCUGUAUCAGCUAGAGUUGAAACCUUUUAUAGUGGAUGUUGUCGCUCCUAGAGAGUGUACAGAAGAAACGCAGGAUGGUGCUUUUUGUAUUUCAAUGAAGGGUUAGAGGUUCAUGAACGUGUAUCAAGCCAAACCUCUAUUUGUAUAAUGCCAAGAGCCUGUGGGAACGAGUGGCUUAAUGCAUAUGUGUUAAGUGGCAGUCCGCAAAGACUAAUCGGGGAAGAUCUUUUUUGCCCAGACUAGAUUUCUCGGUUGGAAAAGACUUCAUUUAAACAAACUUUCCUUAAAAGCAGAGAGUUUUGUCACUGAUAAGGACAGCAUUUUCUACCCGGUACUUUACUUUACUCACAUGAAUUAAGCACGGUUUUCCCAGUGACAGGCUCGUCCAAUAUUGAACAUUUAACAUUGACAUUUGAAUCAUUCAUUCAAAGUGGCUGCUUGAUCAAGCUAGCACAAAAUCUUAAUAGUAUUCAUUGAGACCAAGACAUUUUACUGCCUGCCAGUACAAAGAUUGAUUGAAUAGACAAUAACUGGUACAGGGCAUUUGGGUUGUACUUCAGUAACAUGUUGUUAAGUUUUUAGGUGAUAACACCUGACUUAGUAUCCACUAUUAAAUAAUUGUUUCAGACAUUGAUCUACACUCAUCAAAGUAUUUUUGUUUUGUUGUAAUAUAAAAUGUAACAAUAUUAAAAUGGCCGAGAUGCAAAUACUAAAGUCAGAUUAUGUUGCAAACAUGCAUUAUUCAGAGCAAGUAUUGAAAAUCAUAAAGUUGUCCGAGAUAAAAAAAAAUUACAAAUUUAGUGCUUUCCACAGGCCAUAUAACAAUGUCGAUGUUAAAAUUUUCUGAUCAAUGUAUUUUUUUAGUAACUGCAACUAGCCUUUUUGGCGAUCAUGCAAAGUUUGCAAAUCCUUGCCGUCUCAUGUAUACAUUUGUUGCUAGAUUGCGUAGUUUCGGACCUAUAUAAAUAAUUGUACAUAUAGAGUAUUUUAUAGAGUAACCUUUUUUAAAUUCUUAGAUGAUAAAAAAAGUUCACGUUAAUGAACAUUUUGUUUGAAGUUUGUUUACUUUUUUUUCAGGAUAAUGACCUAUUUAUUUAGUAUACCACUGUGCUAAAAUGUCAACUAGUUAUGUCCAGCGUUGUUUAUAAAUUAUAUACUAGCUAAUGUGCAAUGCAUUGUUUACAGUAAAGUUGGCAUACAAUAGUGUUGAAAUGUCUCAAAUUGCAGACUUUAAAUGUAACACUAUUAAAUAGUGAUUAUAGGCAGUUAAUUUGUUCCCCAGAUGUCAGAGAAAUAUUCUGUUACGUUUGGAAGAUAGGAUACAGUCAUAAGAAAGUGUAUUCAUUUCAUGCAUAGUAAUUGUUUUAUGUGUUUAUGUUAUGUGUAGUUGAUAUUAAACUUGUGUUCAAUGUAUUAUUUCACUCAUGUGAGUAAUCAUAGCAAUAUCACAUACUUAUAGGCGCUAUACUAUUUAAUGAUGUUACUACGCUGGUGGCUCAAGUAAGACUGUAUCAGUCUCGUGGCUUGUGCUUUUUGGCAUCACACUCGAGGCUCCACAUCUCGUGUGAUACGUCAUUACACAAGUCACUUGAUUGAUACAAACUCUUUGAACAAUUGACUAGCGUAAUAGUCCGCAUAUAAAUCUGUUUUGUAAAUGUCAACAACUAAAGUACUUCAGCUUAGGUUUUAAAUAAAAAAUAAACGACACAUUGUUAACUAAAAUGUUAUCAAUUGUUUCGUCGGCAUCUCGUGUGAUACGUCAUUAAACAAGCCACUCAACUGAUACAAACUCUUACAACAAUUGACUAGCGUAAUGUUCCGCAUAUAAAUCUGUUUUGUAACAAGUAAAGUACUUCAGCUAAGGUUAUAAAAAUAAACGACCCAUUGUUAUCAAUUGUUUUGUCGGAACAAACUGCAGGAUACUUAUGUCAGGAGUACCAGACAAACAAAAUCUUAACAUCCUUUUUCUUCAAAUGAAAAGUAACACAUUUAGAUUUAGAAAAUAAUAUUUUAUUCUAAUCUAGAAAGGUAUUUUUUAUAGGUAAGGUCUUCUCACGAUGAAGUAUAUAAUAAAUUUGAAAUACUGGAAAUAGAAUUAACGUCGUGAUACAUAUAUAAUACAAUAAAGCAUAUUAAUUUUUAACCAAACCCAUAUCAUAAGAUUUGUAUAUACUCACUUCAUGUUGACGAAAUGCUUAUUUUUUUUGAUAAAAAUACCGUGUGCAGUCAAAUUAGUUUUUGUGGAUUUUCUAUACAUUUUAUUCAAUGUAUAUACACAUUUAUGUAUAAUACUAUAUAUUUUGUAUUAACAUUCAAAGUACCAUGUUUUAACACUUAAUAAGAUAUAUCCUCAGUAGAUAUUGUAUCUAAACAUUCAGAAUGACGAUAGUUCCUUAAGAUAUAUCCUCAGUUGAUAGUGUAUCUAAACAUUCAGAAUGACGAUAGUUCCUUAAGAUAUAUCCUCAGUUGAUAUUGUAUCAAACAUUCAGAAUGACGAUAGUUCCUUAAGAUAUAUCCUCAGUUGAUAGUGUAUCUAAACAUUCAGAAUGACGAUAGUUCCUUAAGAUAUAUCCUCAGUUGAUAGUGUAUCUAAACAUUCAGAAUGACGAUAGUUCCUUAAGAUAUAUCCUCAGUUGAUAGUGUAUCUAAACAUUCAGAAUGACGAUAGUUCCUUAAGAUAUAUCCUCAGUUGAUAGUGUAUCAAAACAUUCAGAAUGACGAUAGUUCCUUAAGAUAUAUCCUCAGUUGAUAGUGUAUCUAAACAUUCAGAAUGACGAUAGUUCCUUAAGAUAUAUCCUCAGUUGAUAGUGUAUCUAAACAUUCAGAAUGACGAUAGUUCCUUAAGAUAUAUCCUCAGUUGAUAGUGUAUCUAAACAUUCAGAAUGACGAUAGUUCCUUAAGAUAUAUCCUCAGUUGAUAGUGUAUCUAAACAUUCAGAAUGACGAUAGUUCCUUAAGAUAUAUCCUCAGUUGAUAGUGUAUCUAAACAUUCAGAAUGACGACAGUUCCUUAAGAUAUAUCCUCAGUUGAUAGUGUAUCUAAACAUUCAGAAUGAUGAUAGUUCCUUAAGAUAUAUCCUCAGUUGAUAGUGUAUCUAAACAUUCAGAAUGACGAUAGUUCCUUAAGAUAUAUCCUCAGUUGAUAGUGUAUCUAAACAUUCAGAAUGACGACAGUUCCUUAAGAUAUAUCCUCAGUAGAUAUUGUAUCUAAACAUUCAGAAUAACGACAGUUCUUAAGAUAUAUCCUCAGUAGAUAUUGUAUGUGGAACCAAAUCAUGUUAAGGCGAUAAACAAAACCACAACACUU